AUGGCCUCGCCAGCCGUCGCACUCCCCAAUGGCCUCCCCGAGCCUGCGCAUUCACGCGACGUCGAAAUGAACGAUGUGGAUGAGCAUGCCCACGCCGCUGCCCACGCCCACGCCGAUGCGGACGCGAAUGCGCAACAUGACUUCGCCAGCUCCAUCAAGCGCAAACGCGAGCCAAGCAUCAACGGCAUCGCUUUUGAUGAUGCGAAGCCACUCACCACCACAAAUGGUGGCUCCCAACCUCCCGUAAACCAUGCAGCUGUCGUUCGCGACUAUCUCCUGGUCCUAGAGGGAUACGACCCAAGUCCGUCGAUAUUGAAACGCCCUUUGCCAGACUUUGAGCCAUCCGACGAGCCCGAUGCAAAGCGGAAGAAGGCCGAAGAUGGUUCAGCACAGCCAUCAGUCUCCGACAAGGCCGCCAAGGGCCACUAUGCCCAUCUCGAUGCUGUCCUGGCCGACAUCAAGGCCGCCUUCAAGGACCAGCUUGCCGAGCUGCGCGACCUUGACACCGACAAGGUUACCAAGGACACCGACGUCGCCAUAGCAAAGACCAUCGCCUUCGAUCAGAAAGCGCGGGAGUUGUACCGUCGCGAGGUCAGCUAUCCCUCCACUACCCAGAAGGCUAGCGUCCUCCGGGAGCUCGACCAGUCCAGCGAUCUGCAAUCAAACGCGAGCGGAAACAUGAUUCUGAAAGUCUUCGGCGAGGCGCCUAGACCGCGUCACCUGUACUCGAGCUUGCAACAACCCGUUGCUACUCCCGACAAUCCCAAAGGCGCCAUUCGACCCUUGCGGGAGGUCAACCUGCCCAAUGGCGUCAAGACCGCCAAAGCUGUUCCUUUUUCUUUCCCCUCAGCUGUCGAGAAGGAUAAGAGGUCCAAAACCUUGGGUGAACUCUUUCCUGCCCCUCGUAAUCUGCCCUCGCUACAACCGCCCAAGGCGCCCAAGAGCUCAACCAAAGGUGUCCAGGUCGGUUGGCAUCGCCCAGAAUUGACCGAGAAGUCCAAGUACCGUUCGGGCUCAUACUUUGGUCAGUCAAUUUCUACCGGGCGCUGGCUGGAUUAUAGUAAUGCUGCUCCCCCUUCCCAGAUAAUGACCAAGCAGAGGGAGCGCGCCAUGAGUCUGGCGGGGAUUGGGAAACCCUCGCCAACCCAUUUGGAGAACAAUGAAAUGGAUGCCUUGUUCCGAGGCGCCUUCUCCAGCUUUGCUCCGUCAAAGGAUGAUUCCGCCGCCAUGGUCUCUUCCGGCCUGAUCAGUCAGACCAUGUGGUGGCAGAAGUAUGGAAAACGCAGUUUUGAUCGCCUUCUUGAGUUGGAGCUGCCGGAAGACAGCGUGGAAGAGGCCGUCAUCACUGAAGAAGAUGUUGCUUUGGACGAUGAGAUCCUCCAGGAUGCCAUCGAGAACUGGGACACCAAGAUUGACCCUAGUCUCGAGGAUAUGUGCAACCCCAAGAAGUCCAAGGAAGAGCAAGACGUGGAUGAUAUUCUGCAAGACGUGUCUGACAUGAUUCAGACGCUAGUCUCGUUCCAAAAGAACCGCAACUUGGCUUUGCCUUCGGUCGCUAGUCAGAGCCGUUAUGCCGCUGACCCUGCAAACAACGACAUGCUCAACAACGGCACACCAGCCCAGCCAAGCGAGGAGGAGACCUUGACGUACGAGACUUUGAAGGCGCAGCUUGCGCUAGUCGUCAAGACGCUGCCCCCAUAUGCCGUGGCGCGACUCCACUCUGACAAGCUGGAGGAGUUGAACAUUAGCACUAAGAUUGAGGUGCGCACCGACGAGUACCAGGGUCUCAUGGAGGAAGACGAGGCCGCCGCCCGUGCCAGGGCCGCUCAGCAAGCCUCCCCCGCACCCCGACCUGCCACGCAUCGCUCGUCCAGCUCGUCAAGCAAUCUAGCUUACGGUGGACAAUAUGGUGCAAGUCCUCGCCCACCAGCCCCAACCCCAGGAUAUUACGGUGUUCAGACUCCAGUCCGGCCUCCGGCACCCGUGCAGCGGCCGCCACCCAGUAUGCCAACGUACUCGCAACCGCGACCGCCCUCCAAUACUGGUUAUAGGCCACCCACCAAUGGAUACGGCGGGAACCAAAACUUUGCACAGAAUCUGGCUAGGGCCCAGCAGUCGUACACACAGACGAAUGCUUAUGCCGCAACACCGCCACAGCCUCGACCUCCGUAUCAAGCAACACCCUCUUACCACAACAUGGGAGCCAAUCCUCCACCGCCGCGUUAUCCAAACCAUCCUCCUCCAGCGCAAGCUCCGCCGUACCAGCAACCUGGGUACCCGCAACAUCAGCAACCCAACACCCCUUCUCAUCCACCCUUUAGUCCAUAUCCUAAUGGUGCGCCCGGUAUGCCUCCGCGAACAGUCUCCCCACAGGUAGCUCACCAACAACCUCAGUACGCACCACAACAAAAUUUCAACCCUAACGCGACUCCAUCGCGACCACCCUAUGCUGGUCAACCACCCAUGCCAGCAAAUCAACAGCAGCGGUACCACCCACAGCCAGGCACGCCUCAAGCUCAGACCCCGGUCCCACCACCUACCCAAGGCCAGCAGAAUACCCAGCAAGCUACUUCAUUUCAAACCUCCCUGGCUCCUCAUCAAGUCAAGCAGGCCAUGGACCAAGCCAAGGCACGAUUUGAUGCACACGCCAAAGUCCAAGAGGGUAUUCGGCCUAUGCAGGGACAAGGCCAACCGCCUGCCGCACCUGUUGGCCUUGGUGGUAUCGGCCUAGGAGGCACCCGUCCCAACGUACCGGGUACUGUAAACUACAACACACCUAGCCCAAGUCCCAAGCCGCAAUCAACUUCACCUGCGAUACCUCAGCCGCCUGCUACCAACGGUACUCCGGCGGUGGGCACCACACCGGCCUCGGCGAAUGGAAUACCAGCGGGAACGCAACAGCAAGCGUAG